UGUCUAUGAUAAUUCUUAGCAUCGAUUUUACAGAAAUCUUGGCUGAAUAGUGAGGACUCUGCGCGUGAGUGCAAACCGCGGACCUUCACUUUCGGGGAUCUGCUGCUUAGGACCAUCCUGUAGACUUUUCAACGCGAUAAAUAGUGGCCAAAAAACAUCCUACCACCCAGGAAACCUCCUUUGGCGUCUACUGGGCGUGCAGCAAACUUCGUUCCAGUUAAAAUGCUAUCUUCUCUCAUUUUUUCCAGUUUUAUCUUCAGGAUAUUUUUUUUACUUUAGUCGACUACUGUUAUCAAAGGAUGACGAUUAACCGUUCCUGUUAGGGGAGCUCGCAGCCGCAAGGUUCAACAAGCGGGUGGUCGUGGGUUCGAAUCUCAGUAGAAUCUGGCCAUUUGGUUGUCAAAGGACUUUAACAUGGGUUUAUUCUCAGUCUUUCCAUUACAUACCCUUCCUCAAAGCUGAAUUAGUAAAAUACGAAGUGCCCUGCCAGUCGUUGCCAUCCAGUGUGAGAUAGAUCUCGUCAUCCAUCACCAGGUCGCGAUUUGCUUGGAAAAUCGACGUGACCAUCUUAUUCAACCGCUGCCGCUGCCGCUGCGCCAUUGCCUGCAGCGCCGAGACCAGUGGAUGAGACUGCCGCUGCCCGUAUGUUCAUGUUCGCCAGGCGUCAGCAAAAGCAGGCAAAUAGUCGGUGCUACCCGGCAGCAAUACGUUGUGUGUGCGCAUGUGUGUGUUUACAAGCACAAGCUGUAGGCAAACAAUCAGUUUAAUCUUUACGCCCAAUCACCGGUUUCAUCGCUUCAGGCGACAGUUUGCGAACAUUUCGUACUUCACUUUUGAAUAGAUUGGUUGGUGUAUAGAGUAUUCAAUUGGAUGUUUUACAAUGCCAGAGCAGAAGAAAAUUGAAUUUUUAAAAACUAUUCUACCGCAGAAGAUAUUGGAACAGUUGAACCGUAAUAGCGAUGAAAUUUUGCAUACAACUGUUAGUACUCCGGAACAUUUGGAUGGAUUCAUGUCUACUAUACAUCGGUUGGAGAUGACAGUCAAACGAAGUAACGAUGGAGGAAACAAUGAGCCUUAUGGUAAAAGUAAUGAAAGGUGACGAUGCAUUUAGGGAGCACAGCAAGGCAAAAGUUCAGUUUUCCAAUGAAAUUUUUAUCUAUACUGAAGUGCUCCCCCAGUUCACACAACUACUGUUAUCGAGUGGCAGUCCGAUUAGGGGUGACUCCUGGUGCCCAAGAGUACUAUACGGUGCAGCUGGAAAAUUCCCUGACUACAGUGACCAAUUCGAAACAAUGCUAGUAAUGGAAAACAUGACAUUGGAUGGAUUCAAAGCUGGACCACGACAAGAUUUGGAUGAAGAUCAUUUAAUGCUGAUGGCUAGAAAAAUUGCCCAAUUUCAUGCUUGCACAUAUGCCAUGAAAAUUAACAAAGACAAGAAUCUGGAUCGUCUCAUUGAAGGAAUUAUACCGCUGAAUUUUCUUGAAGAAGGAAAAGUAUUUCAUAGUUACGCUGUAUUGAUAAGAUUGGGGUUGGAACGCAUACUGGAGUACAUUGAGAAAAAUCCGAAGGAACUAGACACUGAGUCGUUCAAAAAGGAUAUGGUUAAGCUACGUGAUAAGUAUGGUAAAGCGCCAGUUAAUUUAAUGCAAAAGUUCUUGAAACGUGAUGACUACUCUGUGAUCCUGCACGGCGAUUACAAUCGCAAUAAUGUCUUGUUCAAAUACGAAAAUGACCGACCGGUGGAUGCUCGAAUGUUCGAUUUUCAAGAGAAUCGUUACGCGACGCCGGCCAUCGAUUUAUCCUUUUUUAUGUGCAUGAGUAUGCCGACUGGUUUGAGAGAACGUUUCUGGAAUCCUAUGCUACGUCAUUACCACGAAAGUUUGACCAAUACCCUGACUAGUAUUUUGAAUUGUAAAGCAGAUGAUGAAAAAAUACAGAUCUACAACUUUGAAAACUUCAUGAAACAUUUCCAACUGCGUGGUUUGUACGGAGGAAUGGUGGCGGCACAUUUUUUGCCCUGGAUGCUCUGUCCGGAAGACGAAUGCGCCCAACUUUCGUAUCAUUUUGCGAAGGACUUGGAUUCCCCUGAAAUGAAACAUUGGACAUUGGUUUGUGGAGGCGAAGCUGUAGACAAGCGCUUGGUGGAAAUUUUCCGACAUCUGAGUCAGCUAGGUUACUUCGGUAUAAUAGACGAAGAUUGAGCAUUAUCAUGAUAAUGCUAAUCAUAUAGUCGAGUUUCUCUAUUAUAGUUUUUAUCGAAAACGAUUUUACUGUUAAAAUAUUAAAAUAUAUAGGCUUUUUUUGUUUUACGAUGAUAUAA